UGCUACAAUAUAGUUACAGCAAUUCUUGUUUUUUCUACGUGGCUAUGGGCACCACUUCAUAAUAUUGGUUCUGGGGUUUAUAAUUCACCUGUAUCAGGACCAACUGGUCUUUUGGAAUAUGAUGUAAUAUACAAAUUGAAUAAUUGUCCUGUGAAGCAUAGUGAAGAUUGGUACCAUUUUAUAUUGCAAGCAGUACAGCAUUCUACUCCUGGCUAUUGUGUUAAGCAGUCAUUUGUUCAGGAUUAUGAUGAGUCAGUACCAGCUAAACAAAAAACGAACAGUGCUGUGAAUUGUUGUACAACUGACAGUGAAAUAAAUGACAAUCUGUGUUUUGAAUAUAUUGAAGGACCACAAAUUGCUCCUCUUCACUUACCUCUGCAUUCUUGCCUUUCAGUAAGGGCAAUGCUUAAGCAGUCACAAAAUUUCUGUCAAGCUAGUCACGAGUGUUUAUCUCACGAUACUCAUUGUAUGAAACCUUUAGACAAUGUCACAAAAAUUAUACACAUAAAGAGAAAAAUGGACAAGAAUAUAUUAUUCUUGGGUCAUCCAGUAGACAUUUACAGGACUGUUGACGUAUCAGUAUUUUCAGCAGGAUUGGCAAUCAUUAAUAUUGUACCUUGCUUCUUUCUGGAUGGUCAAUAUAUUCUGAAUAUAGUUGUGUUUUAUUUAUUAAACUCCAUGCCACAUAAUAGAAAUAUCAGAAAAAGCACAUUAUUUACAAUAACAAGUAUAGUGUAA